GAGGUUACCGGAAGUGGCCGCGCUCGGCGCUGCCAUGUUGAGGAGCCGCCGCUGCCGCUGCCGCCGCCGCCGCCGCCGCCGCUUUGUUGUCGCCUCCUCCGGCUGAGGAGGCUCCCCGAGCGGGGGGAGUGGGGAGGAGGGGGGUCGGCCGCCGCAGCCAUGGAGGCCAACUGGACCGCGUUCCUGUUCCAGCUAUUAAAAUCUUUUUUUCCACCUGAUGGAGAAGUGUGAAAGCUAAUAUUUGAUCCUGGGCUUGGCAAUGUGUGCAGUGAAAAUUGUUGGAAAACUUAUAAUUUAGAGCCGAGGACAGUUGAAUGGGUAAAGAGAAUAUUUCAGUCUUUUCUCUGGAAAGGUAUGAAUAGACUUACUCAGUUCCAGUUUUAAGUAAUUUUCACUGGGGGAAAUGGAGAGUUAAACUCUCUUGUUUGUUUCCUGGAGCAUCCUAUUGAAUUUAUAUUUGAAAACAAUUUGCUUUCCAAAUAACCUGGUGGAAAGUGAAAGCCAUAGUUGUUAAAAUGUUUGAUGGAUGAUUCUCCUAACAGGACAUUCAAGAUAUGACUCACUGAUGCUAAUUUCUUUCAGAACAAAAUCUUUUGCCCUCUGGCACUGGAAAUUUCACGGUGCCAUAUCCUACCACCCUGGGUGAUGAAAUAACAUAUCUGCUUUGUUUUUUGCCAGCCCCAGUUAAAGGAAAGCUCGGGCAGGGUUAAAAAAGCCUUGCAGUUGAAAGAGAUGGGAGAUGAAAUGAAAACUUUGGUUUGAUGAUGGUAGUCAAAUAAAAGUUUACCCAGAAGUUAUAUAUAUAUUUUAAAUCACUUAACUGAAGGCAGGCCAUGGUUGUUAUUUUACUCUGUCUCUCCCCCAGAGAACAAGUUGGGGAAAUCCAGUUCCCCUCUUAGAAGGCUUCAUGUAGAAGUGUGGGGAUCCUAGGAAUCCUCAGAGAGUGAUUCCUGUAGUGGUCGAGGCAUUCUACAGCAUUUCACCCAAGAAGCAGGGACCUGGUGUGACCCUCGUGUGAGAGUGAGCCUCAGCAAUGCUGUAAAAAUACUUUAUGUUGCCACAGACAUCUGAAUUGGUAAAAUGGCAGCCCAUGAAGCCUCCCAUCACCAACAGCAGGCAGCACAGAACAGCUUGCUGCCCCUCCUGAGCUCUGCUGUGGAACCCCCUGAUCAGAAACCAUUGCUCCCAAUACCAAUAACUCAGAAACCUCAGGCUGCUCCAGAAACAUUAAAGGAUGCCAUUGGGAUUAAGAAAGAAAAACCCAAAACUUCCUUUGUGUGCACUUACUGCAGUAAAGCUUUCAGGGACAGCUAUCACCUGAGGCGCCACGAGUCCUGCCACACAGGCAUCAAGUUGGUGUCCCGGCCAAAGAAAACCCCCACCACGGUGGUUCCCCUUAUCUCCACCAUCGCUGGGGACAGCAGCCGAACUUCGUUGGUCUCAACCAUUGCAGGCAUCUUGUCAACAGUCACUACAUCUUCCUCGGGCACCAACCCCAGCAGCAGUGCCAGCACCACAGCUAUGCCCGUGACCCAGUCGGUCAAGAAACCCAGUAAGCCUGUCAAGAAGAACCAUGCUUGUGAGAUGUGUGGGAAGGCCUUCCGAGAUGUGUACCACCUCAAUCGGCACAAGCUCUCCCACUCGGACGAAAAGCCCUUCGAGUGUCCUAUUUGUAACCAGCGCUUCAAGAGGAAGGACCGGAUGACUUACCAUGUGAGGUCUCAUGAAGGAGGCAUCACCAAACCCUAUACUUGCAGUGUUUGUGGGAAAGGCUUCUCAAGGCCUGACCACUUAAGCUGUCACGUAAAACAUGUCCAUUCAACAGAAAGACCCUUCAAAUGCCAAACGUGCACUGCUGCCUUUGCCACCAAAGACAGACUGCGGACACACAUGGUGCGCCACGAAGGCAAGGUGUCCUGUAACAUCUGUGGGAAGCUCCUGAGUGCAGCGUACAUCACCAGCCACUUAAAGACACACGGGCAGAGCCAAAGUAUCAACUGUAACACAUGUAAACAAGGCAUCAGUAAAACAUGCAUGAAUGAAGAGACCAGCAACCAGAAGCAGCAGCAACAGCAGCAGCAGCAGCAGCAACAGCAGCAGCAGCAACAUGUGACAAGCUGGCCAGGGAAGCAGGUAGAGACAUUGAGACUGUGGGAAGAAGCUGUCAAGGCAAGAAAGAAAGAAGCUGCUAACCUGUGCCAAACCUCCACGGCUGCUACGACACCUGUGACUCUCACUACUCCAUUCAAUAUAACGUCCUCUGUAUCGUCUGGGACUAUGUCAAACCCAGUCACAGUGGCAGCUGCAAUGAGCAUGAGAAGUCCAGUCAAUGUUUCAAGUGCAGUUAACAUAACCAGCCCAAUGAACAUAGGGCACCCUGUAACUAUAACCAGUCCAUUAUCCAUGACCUCUCCCUUAACACUCACCACCCCAGUCAACCUCCCCACCCCCGUCACUGCCCCAGUGAAUAUAGCACACCCUGUCACCAUCACGUCUCCAAUGAACCUGCCCACGCCUAUGACAUUAGCGGCCCCUCUCAAUAUAGCAAUGAGGCCUGUAGAGAGCAUGCCUUUCUUGCCCCAAGCUUUGCCUACAUCACCACCUUGGUAAACAGUAUUAUAAAAUCAAAAUAUGGGUUAAAGUAAAUAUUUACCAGCAACUUACUUUUAGUUUAUUAAAGCAAAAAGUAAACCAAGGGAGAUUUUAUUAUGUUAGUUAAUAAUAGUGUAGCAGCAUUUUUCUCCAAUUUGGCUGGGAUUGUUCAAAGUAGGGUGUGUAUGUCACUUAUCACUGGACCACUUUAGUUAAACCAGAAUUCCUUUUAGCUGACCGCAUUGCUUAAACAGGAUAGUAGUUGGCAAGAUGAAAUGCCAGAAUUAGAACCAAUCAUAAAGAAGCAAAACCCAUUUCAAAAUUAAAAAAACAAAAAAAAACAAAACAGCAUUACUGUUUCUAAUCCCAAGAAAUCAUUUUAUUCUAAACACUAGCAAAACUCUUCUCCCCAUAUGUACAAGGUGGAUGGCUGAUUUUAACCUGAAGUUCUAAAUCCACAGAUUGAGAGCUAGUGUAGAAUUGUCUGUGUUUAUUGUUUUUAUGAGUAAAUACAUGCAUUGUCAUAAUAAAAUGCAUUUCAGAGAAUAUGCAUUUUACCUUUGGGAAUAUGUUAAUUUCAGGCAGCAUUCCCUAUGGGAAAGGUGAUACCAGCUCUGAUAUGCAAAGCAUAUGAUAAUUUAUCAUUCUAACUUCAACAUAAAUAGGGAUUGUGACCUGAUAUUUGGAGAUGUAAAUAUUGCUCAGCAUACUAAUCCUGAUGGAACAUAGCAUUGUAGUGGACUUUUUUUUAAAAAAUUAAAAAGAAAAAACAAAAUAUACAAAUUGUGUUUUGGUGAGAAAAGGCCGCAACUGACAGAGGAGAAGUCAAGUGUGCGGACAGGCAGACUUCUAACAAACGGAGGCCAGUGGGACUCCUCUUGAGGAGCCAAGGAGUACUUUGGAACAGUUAAAAUCUAUUGCUUUAAAUUGGAAGAUGCUGGAGGCACUGGGAUGUGAUAUGCCCCUCUCUCUCCCAAUCAGCCUGUUGAUGUUUCAGCAGGGAAAGAUGUGUUAGUUGCUCACUAGAGUUUAUGUCUUAUAUUAAAUUGUAUACAAUUUUUAUUCUAACCACUAACUAGGUAGUAUGCCCCUUCAGAACAAGCAGUGUCUCUCUCUUUUUUUUUUUAUUUCUCCUUCCGUUUCUUAAUCAAGUAUUGUGCAGAUUUGUUCAACUUUGUAAAUAUGGACAUCACUUUUUUUUUUUUUUUCUUUUUUCUUUUUCUCGAGGAAACACUCGUAUCAGCUUUCUGGGGUUUUCAGGGAGACAGCUGUCUGCACUCCCUGUAGAAGUCCAGCAGUGAUUGUGCACAUUAAGACAUGUGCUUUUUAUUUCUUAGCAGGAUGUUUUUAUCUCUGUACAUAAAGUAGAAACCAAAAGCUAGGGAAACAGAUACUCUCUAUACCAUCAUGCCACACAUUAAUGUUUUUAAAGCAUUUUUAAGUUACUAAAACCAAAAGUCUGAUUUUUUUUUUUUUUUAAGUUGCAAUAUGUUUUGGGUGUUUUCCUUUUUUAACUUUGCGGUUAAGAGAAAUGGAUAUUGUGUUAAUCUUGCAGAAUGUUUGCAGGACUGACUAUCAAACUAGACGACUUCCAUUUAUACCCCACCGUGUCAGUUCAAGCAUCAAAAUACCUUGCAUCUGAGGCAGACUUCCUACAUCAGGGACAGGUAUCUGUGUGUCAUUAUACAAAGCAGUUCGAGGGGGUUAAACUACGUAGUAAAAAAAUAAAAUAAAUAGUACUUAGUGUAAAAUAAUUUUAUAAAUGAUCUUUUGUACUUUAGGACAUUAAAUUGUACAACUUUUGUAUAUAUAAAAGCUUAGGAACUUUCUGUUUAGCAGGAAGGCAACACAUUCCUACACUUUUAAUGUAUAUGUUUGUUAUAAUGUCCAUGUAAACAUGCCCUAUGUUUGUGCCUUUUAAUUAGUUUGUCUCAAUAAACAAAAUGUAGAGAAAAAUAUGUAGCUAUGACUUUGUUACAACUGUCCCUAUCCACAGUACCAAGAUGGUUUGUUUUUAAUAUGUAGAGCAUUAUGUGUGGACUACUGGAAGGACUCGUGUAGGGAAGGCCCAUGCCUUGGUCCUGCUGAGGCCUGGAUUGGGGAGGUAGUGGCCACAUUUGGAGGAAGCCCGUAUUUCCUGACAAGCAGCCCCAGGACCGGGUUCUGGCUCUGCCUGCUGGGACCUGCCGUCCCUCUCUGGCUGGGCUGGCAGUCGCAGUCCUCCAAGAUUGAGACAGCCUAGGCUUCCUCCACAGUGGCCCAAGGAGCAGUCCUCAGUGGGGGCAGGUGUGGACCCUACCCACAGGCUAGAGUGUGGUCGUCAGAACCCUGAAAGUAUUAGAUCUUAAAAAGAAAAAAAAAAAAAGAUAUAUACUAGAAAUGAUUGUUUUAUCACUUCAUUGUAUAAUAAACAGGAGUGAGACUUCAUUGUAUGACUUCAGUUAAAAUGCUAUUUUGUAUGCAUUCUUUAUUCACUUAAGAAGCUUGUCUGCAAUAAUAAAGUCACACGUUGUGUGUUCUUUUGGGAGGGAGAGAGUUGGCAGGAUGGGGGUGGCGGUGGGCCGCUGGAAGGGGAGGCCCAAGUAGGUUGUGUGGUGAAAUUCUCCUGUGUCUUGGAACUGGAAUUUUUUUGAUGCUGAUGAACUGAUUCAACCAAGUGUUGAAGGCACGACGGCCACCGCCCACGAAAAAGCAGAGAGUUUUUCCCUUCUGGUUGUAACCUACCUGGUCGAGAGCUUCCCCUUUAUCAGAUUGGCAGCUAAACGGUUGUAUUAGAUAAUCCUCAAAUCUGACAUCCAGCCUGUUAUGCUCUAGGGCUCGCUGCUUGGCCUGCAUUUGCCUUUUAUUGUGUAUCCAUUUCCUUCCUAAGGUGUGCUCCUAAACGAAGGUUUCUAUGUAAGCAGAUGAUUUUUUUCCUGUCAAUACCAGCACUGUAUUACUAACAUGCAAAAACUGCAGAUUUAUUUUGACAAAUUAAAGUUAACCGGUCACAAA